AUGCCUUCGCUUGUAAAUCGAACGAAAGCUGAUUCCCUGGCGCCAAAUGGCGUUAAACGAAUUGCUUUUAUUCAUCCAGACCUUGGAAUUGGAGGUGCCGAAAGAUUGGUCGUUGAUUCAGCUCUGGGAUUAAAGGCUCUGGGAAACGAUGUAGUAAUUUACUCUUCACACUGUGAUAUGAAUCAUUGUUUUGAGGAGAUUCGUGACGGUACAAUUGCAGUUCGCGUAUAUGGAGACUGGCUUCCUGUGUCUAUAUUCGGUCGGAUGAGCAUUCUCUGCUCGACUCUUCGUCAAUUGUAUCUCACGUUUGUUCUUCUGUGUACAGAAAAGUUCGACGCGAUCGUUGUCGAUCAAUUGUCCACAUGCAUUCCUUUUCUGUUGCUCAUUUGCAAGACUCUGCUUUUCUACUGCCACUUUCCUGACAAAUAUCUUGCCAAACCUGGUGGAUUGUUGAAAAAGCUGUACCGCAUUCCUUUUGAUUGGAUCGAAGAAGAGUCUAUUCGUGUCGCCGACAGAAUUGUUGUUAACAGUAACUUCACUGCUUCUGUUUUUAAGAAGGCGUUUCCACGUAUUAAGAAACCCGUCCGUAUCAUCCACCCCUGUGUGGACACAACCGGAAAGUGCAAGAACACAUUCCCUCUUCCCCAAGCCAUUCUGGAGCGGAACAUACUCAUUUCCGUGAAUCGUUUCGAGAAAAAGAAAGACAUCAAUCUGGCUGUUGAGUCUUUCGCUGCCCUGCGUGAUUUCUCAACGGAACGCUUUGAAAAAGCUUUGCUGGUUGUCGUCGGUGGUUACGACGUGCGUGUUGCUGAGAAUAGAAACUACUUAAAGGAGUUACAGACCUUGUGCGGUAAGAACUCACUUAAGUACCAGACCAUUGAAACGGACUGGCUGAACAUACGCUUCGAGAAUGAUACAAAUGUUUUGUUUUUGCUCUCUGUUCCUUCGGAUCUUCGUGACACACUUAUUGCCCACGCGAAAGUGUUACUCUACACUCCGGAAAACGAACAUUUCGGAAUUGUGCCUUUAGAAGCCAUGCUCCGUCGUGUUCCAGUCCUUGCCCAAACAAAUGGAGGUCCAUUGGAAACCGUACGGGAUGGAAAGACUGGAUGGUUGCGUCCACGCGACCCAACAAUCUGGUCAAACGUUAUUAACGAAGCUCUUCUUGGCUCCACUUACGACUUGGAAGCCAUGGGCCAAACUGGAAAAGAAUGGGUGGAGAGGGAGUUCUCGGUAGACGUUAUGUCGAAAAAGUUUGAGUCCGAGAUUUUGUCCGGUAUUCGCGCAAUGAACGACAAACGCUAUAUCAAACGUAUUGUGGAUGGAUCUACUGCCAUUAUAGUUAUGCUAUUCGUUCUUUGGGCCGCAUAUGUCUCCGUUACGGAAGCCGGUCUGUAUGUGAGCUCAUACUUCUUUGGCUCCAUCUUCACUCCCAUUCUCGGUGUCAAACUUGGAUCGGCUUUCUUGUUUAUUGCUCUUACGAUUAUGGCACGGUGUAUCAUUUCUUUUAAAAAUUAA